AUGCAUCGAAGGCACACAACCCUUCGGGAGAAGGGCCGGAGGCAGGCCAUCCGGGGCCCUGCCUACAUGUUCAAUGAGAAAGGCCCCAGCCUGACUGCAGAAGAGGAACGCUUUCUUGAUUCUGCAGAAUACGGCAACAUUCCUGUUGUGCGAAAAAUGCUGGAGGAAUCCAAAACCUUGAACUUUAAUUGUGUUGAUUAUAUGGGACAAAAUGCCCUUCAGUUAGCUGUGGGGAAUGAGCAUCUGGAAGUGACAGAGCUCCUCCUCAAGAAGGAGAAUCUUGCUCGAGUUGGAGAUGCCCUUUUGUUAGCCAUCAGUAAAGGAUACGUGCGCAUCGUAGAAGCAAUAUUGAACCAUCCAGCCUUUGCACAAGGACAGCGUCUCACACUCAGUCCCCUUGAGCAGGAACUAAGAGAUGAUGAUUUUUAUGCUUACGAUGAAGAUGGAACUCGGUUCUCCCAUGACAUUACCCCUAUCAUACUUGCUGCCCACUGCCAGGAGUAUGAAAUUGUUCACAUCUUACUUCUAAAAGGCGCGCGGAUUGAGAGGCCGCAUGACUAUUUUUGCAAAUGCAAUGAAUGCAUUGAGAAGCAGAGGAAAGAUUCCUUUAGCCACUCUCGAUCGAGAAUGAAUGCCUACAAAGGAUUAGCCAGUGCUGCUUAUUUGUCUCUUUCCAGUGAAGAUCCUGUCCUUACUGCUUUAGAGCUAAGUAAUGAAUUGGCCAGACUAGCCAACAUUGAAACUGAAUUUAAGAAUGACUAUAGGAAGCUAUCUAUGCAAUGCAAGGACUUCGUCGUGGGGGUGCUGGACCUGUGCAGAGACACCGAAGAAGUAGAGGCUAUUCUGAAUGGGGAUGUGAACAUACAUUUGUACCCCGACCACCACCGGCCAAGUCUGAGCAGGAUUAAACUUGCUAUUAAAUAUGAGGUCAAAAAG